AUGCUGGAUUCCCUGGAAAGAGCAAGAGCCACCACAUUGCUGACCUCCGCCCUUAGGUUUCGAGGUGGAGAUAUACCGCCUAUGAAUCGCAUGUUAAAGGUUCUGCAAGGACCUGGCAAUUUCUUACAAGCAGCUAGGUCGUGGAUCAAGAGCUUCGUGGAGCACAAUUCCCUAUGGUUCCCACCGUACCACUUACCCAAGGUCAAGAUGGUGGAAGUUCAAAACCGAACAUUGGGUCAGGUGCUCUUCAAUCAUCGAAAGUUCAUCAAGGAUUGGACACAUGCGAAGUCACCAGCGUGUGCGUGUCACCAUGCCAAGGAUUUGCCACGCACGAAAUGGGGUCAUAUCUUUUGUUCAGCCACAGAUGCCGUCACGCUGUAUCCGAAUUUGUUUCACAGUGUUCUUACCCAUUCCAUGACUGAUACAGUUUGGGCGUCCGAACAGCAAUUCCUCAGACACCACCAUCGAGAAUUCACAAAAUUUGCCAGUGCUUGGAAAUUGCCAAAGUCGGCUGUUGAACAGUGGGAUGAGUUCGUUAAUCAGCAUUGGACAAGCUUUCAGCGCGCAGAAGAUGAAUCUGUCCAGGCGAUCAAAGCAGCCAGUCAUUGUAUACGACAUUGGGUCACCUUGCCAGUGGACCAUUUCCCUACGCAGUUGCAUAUAGCAUGUCCCGUGCAGUUUCACCUAUUACUGAUUGGCACAUUCUUCGAUGGCACCAUCUUUCGCCCGCUACCUCAAUCAGCGGCAGCCAGCAAAGGCUGGUGCGGAGCUAGGCCGAUCGUAGCAUACAACGCUGCGUGGAAUGGUAAGAUUUCUCAGGUGGUUGCUGCAAUCAUCACGCAGGUAGUCGACAGGGUGUUUGGGCGAAAAGAGGCCCUGCCAUCGGUGAUGCAUAUCUUACAGCAGAUGUGGAAAAUCAUGCAGGCGGCCCCGAUUGACGAGGAGCUCUUGUUGAUGCAACAGGACGUUGCCGGUUUCUUUAACGCCGUGCCUCAUUCACGUAUCUUGGACAGCCUGCGAGUGGUCCUCCAUCAGUUCAUGCAAAGAGAAAAGGUUGACGUGGAUCAUGAGUUGUCAGUUUCCGUCAAGCAAGCUGAUCAGUUUCAUCGAGUGUUUCGAGGUCGCUACCGGAAACAAGCUCAUCGUCACUUCUUAAUUGCCAUUCAUGAGAUUCCGCACAUGGUGUCGUUUCUGUUGCAAGCUGCUGCUUUGAGUGUUGGGACGCAUGCUGUACAACAGGUCCAAGGAGCCAGCAUGGGCUCGCAACUUGCGCCA